AUAAGUAUUUUUACACUUUCAAAUAUCACAAUCAUGACUCCACAAAGAUCACAAGUUGGAUACUCUACUCCUGAAGGGCGUUCAUCGCUUUUCUCCGACAACUUCUACAUCCAAGAUCCCAUAUCUGUGCUCCAUGUGACCAAUUUCUUAACCGACAUACCUCACUACUUCUCUUCAAACCCUUCAUCGCACAGCAACAACUCAACUUUAGAUGAAGCCGACAGGCAACAAACCAACAUCAUUUGUGACCGUAAACGAAGAAGAAUGGUAUCGAAUAGAGAGUCUGCUAGGAGAUCAAGAAUAAGGAAACAAAAGCUACAUGAAGAGCUUUUUUCCCAACUGGUUAGUCUUAGAACUGAUAACCAGACUCUCAUGGAGCAGUUGAAUCACUUAGUAGAGAGCCAUGAAAAGGUAGUUGAUGAAAACACACGGUUAAAGAAAGAGGCGACCGAUAUUAUACAUAAGCUAGAUGAAAUUCUGCUUGCAAACACCUCAAUGGAUAUGCAAUGCUUCGUUGAGUUGAGUUGAUUUGAUUUGAAUUGCAUGUUGCCUAUAUAAUUCAGUUGUAAAAUAGUUUAAAUAAACAUGUAAUAAUGCAAGUAAAUAUAUCAUUUUCUUGACUGAAUAAUGAUAAA